AUGCCUGAACCACCGUAUCCCCUGCACCCCUCGGUCCUCGACCGCAUCAACCCGGAGUACAAGGAAUUCUACAACAAGCACGUCUUCGACAAGCAGGUCGUUCAUCAUCAACCCAUCUCAGCAUCCCGCGCCAGUGGAACUCUCAUUCCCGGUGCCGGUCCGAAGCUGGAGGUUGCGAGCACCCAGGACUUUCACAUCCGGAGAAAAGAGACGACCGGCCCCGACGUCCUAGUCCGCGCCUUCACGCCUUUGGGAGACAAGCCCGAGAAAGGAUGGCCGCUCUGCAUCUGGUUUCAUGGUGGAGGAUGGGUGUUGGGAAACAUCGACACCGAGAACGUUAUCGCCACGAAUCUGACCAACCGGGCGAAAUGUGUGACGCUUUGCGUCGACUACCGGCUCGCACCUGAAGACCCCUUUCCCGCCGCGGUUGAUGACUGUUGGGAGUCUCUCCUCUGGGCAAUCUCUACCGGCGCCGAGAAACUCAACCUCGACACAUCACGCAUCGCCCUCAGCGGCUCAUCAGCCGGCGGAAACCUGACUUCAGUCCUCUGCCAGCGCGGAACCACCCGUACCGAUAUCCCGCGCAUCGUGGUCCAGCUUCUCUCUGUACCCGUGGCGGACAACACGGCCGUCGUCGAGUCCUCUAAGCCCGAGCACGCAUCAUGGAAGGAGAACGAGUUCACCCCCGCGUUGCCCGCGGAGAAGAUGAUGUGGUAUCGGUAUCACUACCUACCCAAGAGGGAAGACUGGGCGCACCCUGAGGCCAGUCCUCUGCUGUGGGAGGGUGAUUGGACGAAGCUCCCUCCUGCUAUCAUCGUCGUUGGCGAGCUAGAUGUACUGCGAAGCGAGGGUGAGGCGCUUGGCAAGAAGUUGACUGACGCAGGCGUUGCUGUUGAUUUGCAUGUCAUGAAGGGCCAGCCGCAUCCUUUCAUUGCCAUGGAUGAGGCUUUGGAGGACGGACGGAGAGCCAUCACACUGUUUGUUGAUAAGCUGGUCGAAUUGCUUUGA